ACCCAGCCAUCAGCGCCGCUCCACCCAACGGCCCGUGCCCUCACCGUCGACCCGGCCCCGUAGCGGCCAUCCGCUCUCGUUUACAUACCAUUCAGCUAGCUCAAGGACCAGGCGUGCAAUUUGACGCUCGAUGAUCAUGAAUUUUCUCUGACUCUGUUGGAGUAUUUGAAUGCAGAGUACCAGACGCAUUGUAGGAGGGGGCUGCAUAUACCUAGCAUGCUGGGGUCUGAGACGUCUUGCUCCGAAGUUGCAGGGAAUAUUCCAUCGCUCUAACAACUCUUCUGCCACCAUCCUUGGCAAUUUGGUUCCGUACAAAAUGGCCCAUACAUCACCCCAACCAUGCUUGAUCAGCCCCGCCCAAGUCGUCGAAAACCUGACGUACAAGGAUCUCAUACCCGCCGUGGAACAAGGUCUUGGGAACUUUUCUAAAAGGAACGAAGAAGGAGGGGGAGGAGGAAUAUAUCCACAGAGAACCAUGAUGAAAAUUGAAGAGCAUAAUGGUUCUGUGUUUGUUAUGUCUGCUUUUAGUCCUGCUGGUAAUGUCAUUGUAACAAAGAUUAUCAAUCGUUACGUUGACAACACUGAGCGCAACCUACCCACACAUUUUGGAACGAUCAUUUUGCAUGAUGCCCGGACCGGAAAAUCCAAAGCUGUAAUGGAUGCAGAGCACAUUACUGCUAUGAGAACCGCCGCAGCAUCAGCCGUAGCCACGAAGUACCUGGCGAGGGAUGGCUGGCAGACGUUAGCAAUUCUUGGAGCAGGGUCCCAGGCCGUGGCUCACCUUCAUGCCUUGAAGCAUAUGACGACAAUUAGAGAGGUACGAGUUUGGACAAGAUCUUCUGAGAAAUGCCAGGCUUUUGCCCAGAAGUUUGAUGUAAAAGCGUGUGAAACAGCUCAAGAGGCAGUUACUGGCGCAGAUGUAAUUGCCACAUGCACUUCUUCUCAUACUCCUGUAUUAGAGUCUAGCUGGCUGAAACCCAGUGCUCACAUAAAUUGUGUAGGGGCCUGCGUACCAUGGGCUCAGGAGUUGGGCGCUGAGGUGAUGAAGAAGGCUGUAGUCUACACAGAUAACACUCCAGGUGCAUAUAAGGAGUCUGGAGACAUCGUCCAUUCCAAGGUGACGGUGUUUGCAGAGAUUGGAGAGGUGAUUAAUGGGACCAAGGAAGCCAAAAGAGACGAGAUUACGGUCUUCAAAUCUCAAGGAGUGGCUGUUGAAGAUGCUGUAGCAGCGAAACUCGUCUAUGAUAAAGUGAGCGUUCUAAAGGACAUGAAAUCAUAAUAAAUAAACCAAUUGAUGGUGAUGAUGUUCCAGGGAUAGGCUCCCAGAUAGCAAAAUGUUGUGGGGCCCAUCUGGGUUUUAUCUAGUAACAACUGGGCUGGUAUAUGGGCCCCAAAAGGACGCAUUGUGGGGCCCAGCAAACUGCACCCGGGUUAUAGAUGGGCCCCAGAUAGACAGCCCAUCUGGGGCCCACUCGGCCCAGAUGGGCCCACAUGGAACCCAGAUGGACCCCACAAAUGGCCCAGCAAUAUGCACAAGGGUUACCAAAUGUGGGUUUUAUGUGGGACUUGCCACAUAAAAUCCAGGGUUCUAUAUAUUGGCUACAUAUGGGGCCAAGUGGGCUUUAUAUGGGGCCCAUAUGGGCCACGAGGGUUCUAAAUGGGCUUCAUAUGGGUCAAGUGGGUUCUAUAUGGGCCCCAUAUGGGCCAAUGUGGUUCUAAAUGGGCUUCAUAUUGUUUAAAUGGGUUCUAUUUUUACCCAGUUGAAUUCAGUUGUUUACCAUCAAAUUUCUAAGGUUUUGAGGUUUAAUUUUCUCUGGUUUAUGAAGUCCUGACUGUCACAUAUUCAGUUACCAGUUGGAAUUAACUGGUCUAACUGGACCUGUUGUACCAUUUGGCACAAUUUUUAACCAGUUGAAAGCUCCAGUUAAAAGGCUUAAUUAGUAAGUUAAGGUAUAAGUAGCACUUGUACUAAUUAAUUUUGUUAAUGGCAACAACACAAUGUAAAGGCAUUGGUAAUAAGAAGACUUUGUUAAUUUGCCAAUGUGCGCUUUUCACCACCAAAAACCCACAUGGGAACCACAUGGGGCCCAUAUGUGUUGGUACUUGUGGGCUCUGGGUGGGAAGGCCCAUCUGGUAUACAUGUGGUUUUUGUAUGGGCCACGUGGGCUCUAGUCGGCCCACACAAAACCCAGAUGGGCCCCAGAUAUUUUGUCGACUUCUAUUUUUCUAACAACUCCAUGUUUAUUUAUGGCACUUACUUAAGUAUUCUGAUGAGUAUAAUUUUUAUCAUAAUUGAGAUACUUCACUUACACUGUACUUCAAAGUUGAUUGUCAGAAUACCAUCCCUAAUGUGCUAAAUGUCUGUAGUAUCAUGUAAUCGGAAAGACAUAUAUAUUUAGUAAUAAUUGUUACAUAUAUAAUUUAUAUAUAAAUUGUGUUUCAUAUUGUACUGUUGAGAAGGAAAUAAAUGUUUAAAAAAAUACAAAGAUACAAAAUACAAUUUAGCGGAUUAAUGUAACAUUGUAUUAAGAUGAGGGGUCGCCAUUAAACAUUGUGUUUUAAAAGCAUAAGUUAAAUCAAAUUUUGGCAAAAUCCAACAAGCCUUCCAUAAUGUUGUAACACCACAAAUAUUUUGCAUGCAUGAAACGUUCUUGAACUCUGUGAGUUGCUAUAUUAUCCGAAUAGGUUUAUGUAGCAAAUUAAUGAAAUCUGACACAUCAAACUUUUCCUAUUCACUAAUUUUGUGUUAUUGUUGGGGAGGGGGAUGUGGCUUAUAUUAUUUGCACUGUCCAAAAGUUUUGUGUCACAGACAUUGCUGGUUUUACAGUAAGCUAGGUGAUUUUUCUUUUUUGUAAUGUAUGUACAUGCAAUCAGCUUCAUUACUGCUCCUUUAAGGUUUGAUAACCGUAGUUUUAUUUGUACACUGACAUGUAUUUAAGGAUGGCGUGCCUAACAUUGUUUUCUUGUAUCUCGCAACACAUAAGAGAAGUAAGUAAUGUUUUUAAAAUAAAAUCUCAAAAUUCACCAA